AUGGCCGACAUUCGCCAACGAACCAUUAUUAAGGUGUUCCGCAAAUUCAGCAACUCCCUCGGACCCGAAACUAUAACAAUCAUUGAGAAAAUACUGGACGACAGCGAGAUAGACGAUGCAGAUGUGGAAUCUAGUAUUGAGAUGCUUGCGAAGGAGUACAACAAGCAGGAUGACGCGACGAUGAAAGUGUCAAAAGAAGUACUGCAAAGGGUGUACGAAUCAUUGCAAGACCAAGGGGAGCGUACACAGGUUGAGAAAGAAAUCAUUGACCCAGAAAAUCACCUGUUCAUAAUCGACGCGUUUGAAAUGCCACGGUGGACUUGGUCACAGGAACGCGGGACUUUCGAAAAGAGCCCUGUACCUCUAACAACAUCAGGUACACCAGAAUCAAGGGUAACUUCUGUCCGCGACAGACUGAACAUCAUCAAACAAUGCGUCCUGAGGAACGAACACUUCGCUCCGUCGACACUUCCUUCACGCGACCGUGAAAAGCUUGUGACACUAAAAUCUACGAAGCAACUAUUAGGCCGCUUUGGGGAACGGUUCCUUCUUUUAGGGAUGUUGGCGUAUAAUAAGGAAGGAAAACUGUGUUUGGAAGAUGCGGACGGAUCCGUGGAAUUGGAUUUUAUGACACUGGAUGAGCCAGGUGAUGGCCUUUUCAGCGAGGGCUGCUUUGCUUUGGUGGAAGGAGAAUACACAGAAGAAGCUACUUUGGAGAUCAUCGCCAUUGGUCAACCUCCUUGUGAGACCAGGGCCACCGCCAGGUCGAUAUACGGGCACAUCGAUUUCCUCGGAGCCGGCGCGACAUCAUUAUUAGAGGAUAGCCAAUUUGAAAUUCAAAUACAAGAAGAAUUGCCCGAGCUGCACUUUUUCUUUCUGUCAGACGUUUGGCUAGACCAUCCUCAGACGUUAUCAGGCAUUCAAAAGAUGUUCGAUAAUUGUAUAGAGAACGAAUUCAUACCCAAAGUCAUCGUGAUGUGUGGCAACUUCACAAGCAAGUCAAUUGCUCACGGAAAUGGGCGAGAUGUUCAGAGGUACCAAGACAAUUUCGACUCCUUGGCCGACUUGAUUGCUGCGUACCCUCUAAUAACGAGAUCGGCUCACUUCAUCUUCGUUCCUGGGCCACUUGACAUUACCGUCAAUUCGACACUCCCUCGGAGAUCACUGCUCUCCACUUUUACCGGCCGACUAAAAAGUAAAGUGCCUAAGGUCCAUUUUGCAACGAAUCCUUGUCGCAUCAAAUUUUUCAACCAAGAGAUUGUCAUUUUCCGCGAAGACCUGAUGGCGCGGAUGCUUCGCAACGUGGUGGGUGUCAAACCGGACGUCAAAAGCGAAGAUUUGAAACGAUUUCUUGUUCAAUCAAUUCUUGAUCAAAGCCACCUGAGCCCUCUCACCAACAACAUACAACCAGUGCUCUCUGAUCAUGACCACAGUCUUCGUCUCUACCCUCUGCCGACGGCGCUUGUUCUGGCGGACAAAUACGACAGCUACAAAGUGACAUAUACUGGUUGCCACGUUUUCAACCCGGGUAGAUUCAUCGGAAAGUCUCUCGUAUUCUCGACGUAUACGCCAGCGGAGGUGAACUCCGAGGAGUGUGUCUUGAGCUUUGAUGAAGAAGAAUGA